UGGAUAUUGUGGUGAGCAGCAUCUGAUUACACAGAGACGGACGGCAACAGGCAACAGAGGGGGAAGACACCAGCUGAAAACUGCCUCUCAGUCCUCUCUGGAGAAGACAACACUCUUUAUUUCUUUUCUACUUUCUCCACUUCACUCAGGGAAAACUUUACUUUUUACGGAGGAGAGCAGGGAAAACAACCGAAGCGACGUUUUUUUUAUGUUGUGGUGAAUCUCUGGGCUUCUCGUGUUGUAAAUGGCCGAGCGGGACCGACGAGUGGCUGCGGAGUAAACCUGCAACAUGUCGCAGUUUGUGGAGGCUUAAAACAGAGCUGUAACCGCUGUCAUUUUUUUAAACGAAGACACACGCCUGAAUAUCUGCAGCUGUAGCUCCAGGACGACUCUGGUUUUGGUUUGUUCCUCCAGGUCGGAGAGAAACAGGGAUCUUCCUCUCUCUGUCUGUCUCUUUUUGUCUCUCAGGCCCACGGAGACAAAGGCUGUCUUCUGUUUGGACAUCUGUCCGUCUCUGUUUUUUGUCUCUGAUAAGUCUUUUCUGUAGCCGCCAUCAUUCCGUGCUGUAAGGCCGACCCCAAAAUGUCUUCCAAUGGAGACCUCAGCGACCUGGGGAGCUCUGACAGCUUCUGGGAGCCGGGGAACUACAAAAGGACAGUGAAGCGGAUAGACGAUGGCCACCGGCUGUGUAAUGAGCUGGUCAGCUGCUUCCAGGAGAGGGCGAAGAUAGAGAAGAGCUACGCCCUGCAGCUGAGCGACUGGGCCAAGAGAUGGAGGGGUGUCGUGGAGAAAGGGCCUCAGUACGGCACGCUGGAGAAGGCGUGGCACGCAUUCAUGCAGGCGGCCGAUCGGCUCAGCGAGCUGCACCUGGAACUGCGGGAGCGGCUGGCAGGCGAGGACAGUGAGAAGGUGCGCAACUGGCAGAAGGACGCCUUCCACAGACAGAUGAUGGGAGGCUUCAGGGAGACCAAGGAUGCAGACGACGGCUUCCGCAAAGCCCAGAAACCCUGGGUCCGCAAACUGAAAGAGGUGGAGUCCAGUAAGAAGAGCUACCAUCAGGCCAGGAAGGAGGAGUGGACAGCGACCACCAGGGAAACGCACGCCAAGGCUGACCCGUCCAAGUCUCAGGAGGAAGUUCGCAAAUUCACGACUCGGGUGGAGCGCUGCAACCAGGAGGCCGAGAAGGCGAAGGAACGCUACAAAAAGGCCCUGGAGGAGCUGAACCGCUGUAACCCUCGCUACAUGGAGGACAUGGAGCAGGUGUUCGACCUCACCCAGGAGGCCGAGCGCAAGAGGCUGCGCUUCUUCAAAGACGUCCUCAUGGACAUCCACACACACCUCGACCUGUCUGCCAAAGAAGGGUUCAGAGACCUGCACCGGGACCUGGGUCAGACCAUCCGAGCAGCCAAUGACGCUGACGAUCUCAGAUGGUGGAGGAACACCCACGGACCGGGCAUGAGCAUGAACUGGCCGCAGUUUGAGGAGUGGUCUCCAGAGGCAAGCCGCUCGAUAAGCAGGAAGGAGCGAGGCGGACACUCCGAGGAAAACGUGGUCACCCUCACCAACAUCGUCUCUUCAGGUGGAGACGACGUCCCACCGAGUCCCAUCACCCUGGACACCGACAGGGUGAAAGAUUAUUCAUCAGACUGGUCAGACGAGGAAAGUCCUAAGAAGGUGCUGGCGAUGAACGGUGUGGGGGAGGCAGAGGACGAGGAGGAGCAGGUAGAGGGGGUGCGAGUCCGAGCGCUCUAUGAUUACACGGGCCAGGAGGCUGAUGAGCUCAGCUUUAAAGCAGGUGAGGAGCUGCUGAAGCUGGGUGAGGAGGACGAGCAGGGCUGGUGUAAAGGACAGCUAAACAGUGGCCAAGUCGGUCUCUACCCCGCCAACUAUGUUCAGGUCAUCGGGUCCUGAUACCCACCCCCCCCACCCCACCCCACCCCUCUCUGGGUCAUCUAGCCAAUGGUACACCUGCAUUCACAAUGCCAGGACCAAUCAAAGAAGCUAUCAGUGCUGACAUGUAGACACCUGACUCUGUGACACCAGACAGUUUUUGGUUACUGACUGAAAAACUCAUCAUGUUGUUUGUAUUUUUUUUUCUGUUGUUUGAGCUUUUGAAAAUCAGCCAGUGGAAAAGUCCACUUGUUGUGAAAGGCUGUUUACUCAACUACAGGCAAAGAGGAAUCUCUGGAGGCCUGCAACCAUUAACCUGACAGUAGACUGUGGAAAAACAUUCUGCUUGCUGCUGUCAUUUUCAGUUACUUAAGUCAGAAUAUCCACAUUUUAUUGAAGAGGACAAAGUCUAGGUGGAGCAUGGAGUGACUGAAACAUCUGUCUUUAAAUCAAACACAACCCAAAAAAAUGCUUCUUUUUAAGGAAAUAGUUCAACAAUUUGGGGAAAAAAACUUUGCUUUCUUUUCAAGUCAAUAUAAGGCUAAAGAUAGCUAGCCUGACUCUAUCCAAAGGUAACAGCAUCUGCUAACCACCACCUCUAAAGCUGGUUUGUUUAAUCUGUACAAAAACUGAAAUGUAAAAAGAAUCAUUUGUUGUGUUUUAAAGGUGCUUGUGGACAGAUUUUGUUUCCCUUUGGACAGAGCCAGGCUAGCUGGUUCCCCCUGUUUCCAGUCUUUAUGCUAAGCUAAGCUAACUAGCUGCUGGUUGUAGUCUUAUAUCAGAUAUGAGAGUGAUAUUGAUCUUCACAUUUGACUCUCAGGACGAAAGUGAAUCAAGGAGCUGAAUUUCCCUAAAUGUUGAACUAUUUUUUAAGCCUUUGUGUUCUCAUCAUUAAUCAGCUCAAAAAGACGAUCAGAGAAGCCAGAACUUUUUCCUGUAGAUUUCAGAGCCGUCUAUUGAGUUUUCUUGUAUCUGGGAUCUUGUUAGAGGAACUGCAGCUGGAGACACCUCUUCACCGUCUUCUUUGUAUGGCUGUGGCGGUUGCUGCUCGAAUCGACGAGAUGAAAAGACUGUCAGUGCCUUAGUCGAUGAGGCUGGAAAUAUGUGGCACUGCCCUGCUGUCUAACCAAGGAAUUACAGCCGUCUUCACCUGCUGAGGAUCUCUGGUAUAGUACCAGUAGAAACCAAUAGAUCCCUUGUUACUGGGACAUUAAACACUUUGAUUGUGCAUGCAGCACGUGAUCACGCCACCUCUCAGUCAUUUAGCUUGAUAACAGUAUGCUAUUGGUUAUUUUGUAGAUUUUUAGGUGUGACACUGAAUUCACUUUCUUUCCUUUUUUUGAUUAUUUUUUAAUGUGCUAGCUGGAGGUUAAUUUUAAGUCAGUUGAUUUUCAGUAUGGAUGGUGUAAACUGUUCCUACCUGCUUCUUUGAAUUUUUUAAGAAUAGAAUUUUUACAGUAAUGACUUCAUAAUUUAUUUUCCUCUUUAAUUUAGCAAUCAUCUUUAAUUUGAACUAGACUCACUAAAGCAGGGGGAGGGAUCUAAUCUGUUGAAGGUGGUUGUUUGCUAGUUUGUUUUUCUGUGCAGGGAUCAUGAAGCACACGCACCUCAAAUGUUUAAAAUAAGUGAUACUAUUUAGUCUGGUUUGGGAUUUUUUUUGUAUGUUUAAGUGUGUGUGUGAGGGAGAGUCCUCUGCUCUGCUGAUCUGAGUAUCGCUAACAGCUAACCCAAGUAGACGUCCAAAUAAUAACAGAGAUAAUAGAGAAAUUAAUGUUGCUGCGCUGCUCCUUUUGAUUCUUUCUUUUCCUUCUGAAAAUCAUGUACAGUGUAUAAAGUGGGAAGCACUAAUAAAGAGCUUUCUACACUU